AUGGAGGAAAACCGCCUGUUCCGCUUCCCAAAGCCCGCAUGGAUGAACAGCGCCAACACGCGCACAGCAGGCGUUUACAUCGCCGGAGCUCUGUUCUCCCUGGGUUUCUACACGCUCAUCGACAUCGCCGUGUGGUCCAAGUCGGCGCUCAACGGCUCUCUGCCCCCCGUCCACAUCACCUUUGUCGACUGGAUCCCAGGCAUCUGCAGCGCGCUCGGCAUGCUGGUCAUCAACUCGAUUGACAAGUCGCGCCUGUCUGCCGAUAGCUUCUCGUAUAGCGGAAACGGUGUCGCGUGGAAGGCGAGGCUGGUGCUGUUUUUGGGGUUUGCGCUAUUGGCUGGCGGUUUGGCGGGCAGCUCGGUGGUGUUGGCGAUGAAGUACAUUGUGCCGGGGUAUAGUUGGCCAACGCUUUGGCUCGGUGUGGGAAAUGUGGUGGCGAAUGCGCUGGUUAUGCUUAGCUCGGCUGUGCUUUGGAUUGCGCAGAAUAUGGAGGAUGAGUACACGUACAAUCUGGCGCUCUAA